AUGUCUCUGCAACUUCUUAGCUGGAACUGUAAUGGUUUGAACCUUCCCCGAAAAAGACGCCAAGUUUUUCAUAUUUUGAAAAGAGAACAAUUAGAUCUAAUAUGCCUACAAGAGACUCAUGUGACCAGGACACAUCGGAAAUUAUUGGUAAAUAAGAGACUUGGACAAGAAUUUAUUUCAUCAGAUAAAGUUAAGAAAAGAGGCGUGGUGAUCUAUGCAAAAGAAAAAUUGGCUCCAAAGAUGAUAUUUAAAGAUGAACAAGGAAGAUACCUGGCAAUUGAAAUACAAGUUCAAGGAGAAAAAAUUUUGAUAGUUGGAAUCUAUGCACCAAAUGAUGGGAAGGCGGAAUUCUUUAAGAAGUUGCAUGAGACUUUAAUGGACUAUUUAGACUACAGAAUUAUAAUGAUGGGAGACAUGAAUGGCGUAGUUUCCACAAAUAUGGACAAAGCACAGAGACAAGUAAUUUCCAAGGAAGGGAGACUACCAAAGACUUUUUUGAAAUGA